AUGGAAAGACCUCCCAGUGAAAAGACACAGGAAGCUCAGAAGAAAGCUGUCCAAGUAAAAGAAGAGGGGGCUGAAAGAUGGCAAAGAGUCAUCCCUGUUCAUUUAGUGAGAGAGGAUACACAGAUGCCUCAAGGAGCAUUGCCUAACAGUUCUGAAACUCUUGAAUUCCACAUGGGCAAGAAAAAGAGCUUUAUGAAACAGUUUAGGACCACAGUGAUGAAACUGUUUCCCUUCUAUCAAAAGGCAAGGGAGAAAUCCAAGCUGCAUAGUGACAGCCCUCCAAAACCAGUGAUGCCUAAGAUUUGUGCUAUUCCCAACAAGUGCCAUGUUCUUCCAAGGGCCAUUAGGGAAUUGCCGUCUCCAAAAGUAUUUUCAACAUUGAAAAGAAGAAAGCUGUCUCAGAAUGCAUCAGUUCAGCUGGAUGUGAACAUUGUGGAAGAACAUGCACAAAGCAAGCGUGGGACAAACACAGUUGUGCAAGCAAGACGGAUGACAAGGCGCAUCUCAGUAGUGUCACUGCCACCUGGGAUCCGAAAGGUUUCGUAUCUGGCAAAAAAGAAAACCUUCCCAGUCUUCAAAAAGAAGGAAAAAAGUAUGCCAUCGAUAUGGUACCAUUCAGACAUUACACUAGGGAAGCUUCAAAUGCAGGUGGAUAACCUCUUGGAUAACAUCAGUGAAAAAUCUAUUCACUUAUUGGCUCUGAGAAGUGCAGAGCUGCAACGGUGCGAGUCUUUGGGAGACAAGAUACUGCAAUCUUCUAAGCAGUUCCAAAGGGUUUCCUUAAGGACAACAAAGAAGCAUAAACUGAAAAAUAUGUGUUUUCCAUGUAGAUGUUGUUGCUAA